AGUGGGAAGUAAGAACAGAAAUGAGUCUCUCCAUCACGGAUUAAAUGCUGUAAUUUCGCUGUACACGUUUCUUUUUUGGAGAGCGCCAUUUGUCUCCUCUCUCACUCGUCUUUUUCUCAACUUUCUCCGGCACAGUCGUGUGUUUCUCUCCCUUCGUUUUGUUCUACGUUCGCUAUCUUUCUUUUUCUUUCCACCAUCUUUUUACAUGUAACUGGCCUCUAACUCUCUCCUCUGUCUGCACUGUAGAGUUGCAGUGUUUACCGGCUGGAAUGCACAGACUUGAUUGGCUGAGUGGUGUCACGUGAUUGGUCUGUGCAUUUUUCUCAUUCGCUAAACCGCUACCGUAAAGACUACAAAAGCUGCGCCGGUGAAAAUAGAAGCGCUCCGUCAGGUUUCAAAUAACUUUCUGUUUUGCCUGUAGGUCCGGGUCCGUAUGGGACAGCUUCUGGGUCCGAUCUUCUGGGUAAAAAUUAACAAUAAUCGAGAAACAUAAACAUGAACAUAACACUCACAAACUAAACCAGGAAGUCUGAACUGCUGUAAAUAACUUGAUGUGUUUACUGAUGUUUCUGUUUACGUGUAGAAAAAUGGCUGAGUCUAAAAUAUCAGUAACUCAGGACGAGUUCAGCUGUUCAGUCUGUCUGGAAACACUGAAGGAUCCAGUAACUACAUCAUGUGGACACAGUUUCUGUAUGGUGUGUAUUAAUAACUGCUGGGAUCAGGAGGAUGAUAAGGGAACAUACAGCUGUCCACAGUGUAGAAAAAUCUUCACUCCAAGACCUGAAGUGAGUAGAAACACAAUUCUGGCUGGAGUUGUGGAGAAACUGAAGAAAACAGAACUUCAAGCUUCAGAUCCUGGUCACUGUUCUGCUGGACCUCAGGAGGUGGAUUGUGAUUACUGCAGUGGGAAAAAAUACAAAGCAGUUAAAUCCUGUCUGGUGUGUUUGGCCUCUUUCUGUAAAACUCACCUCCAACCUCACUAUGAAUCUCCUGCUUUUAAGAAUCACAAGCUGGUUGAAGCCUCCAGACGACUCCAGGAUCAGAUCUGCUCUCAGCAUAAUAAACUGCUGGAGGUUUACUGUUGUACUGAUCAGCAGUGUAUCUGCAUGUUGUGCACCAUGGAUGAUCAUAAAGGACAUGAUACAAUAUCAGCUGCAGCAGAAAGAACUGAGAAACAGAAGCAACUGCUGGAGAUCCAGAGAAAAUUCCAGGAGAAAAUCCAGAACAGAGAGAAGGAACUUGGUGAGCUGAUAAACGCUGUGGAGUCUCACAAGUGUUCUGCACAGACAGCAGUGGAGAACAUUGAGAGGAUCUGUACUGAACUAAUCAACUCAAUUAACAGAAGAUGCUCUGAGCUAAAAGAUCUGAUCAGAGAUCGAGAGACAGCAGAAGUAAGUCAAGCUGAAAAACUCCUGAAACAGGUGGAGCAGCAGAUUGUAGAGCUGAAGAGGAAAGAUGCUGAACUGGAACAGCUUUCACACACAGAGGAUCCCGUCCAUUUCCUCCAGAAUUUUCAGUCUCUCUCGGCUCCUGCUGGAUCUGCAGAAUCAGCCGCCAUCACAAUCAGUCCUUUCCUCUCAUUUGAUGAUGUUACAAAGUCUGUAUCUCAGCUGAGAGAGAAAGUAGAAGAAUUCUGGAAAGAUCAGUGUGAGAAGAUACCAGAUGAAGUGAAGAAAGUCCGGAUUACUUCACCUCCUGAACCUGAAAUCAGAGAAGAUUUUCUACAAUAUGUUUGUCGGUUCACACUGGAUCCAAACACAGUAAAUAAAAACCUCCGUCUGUCUGAGGAGAACAAAGUGGUGACCUGCAGUAGAACAUUACAGUCGUAUCCUGAUCAUCCAGAUAGAUUUGAUUAUUACUCUCAGGUUGUGUGUAGAGAGAGUGUGAGUGGACGCUGUUACUGGGAGGUUGAGCUGAGUGGGGAUGAGUGGGUUUUUAUAGCAGUGUCAUAUAAAAGCAUCAGCAGGAAGGGACGUGGUGGUGAGUGUUUGUUUGGACGUAAUGAUCAGUCCUGGAGUUUAGAGUGUUCUCCAUCCAGCUUUUCAUUCUGGCACAAUAACAAAGAGACUAAAAUUCCCAUAAUGCCGAGUUCCUCUAGAAUAGGAGUGUAUGUGGAUUAUGAAGCAGGAACUCUGUCCUUCUACAGCGUCUCUGAUACAAUGAAGCUCCUCCACAGAGUUCAGACCACGUUCACUCAGCUCCUCUACCCGGGGUUUCAUCUUUAUUAUGGAUCAGAAGUGAAACUGUCAGAUUGAACAAAUUAAAUGUAAAAUUUACAUGAAAGUGUAACAUUAAACUGUUUGAGUGAUUUUAGAAUCUGUGAGGCAGUGAUACAUUUAUGAAGAUUUUCUUUUUCAAUUUAUUAACUACCAUUUAUUCAGUGCUGUGAAAAAGUAUUUACCCCCUUUCCUCAUUUGGCAAGAUGGCGGCGCGUGUACAUCGCGUGUAUUACUGCAUUUCAUUGGCUCUGUACUUGUUUACUCUGCACAAUGACAAUAAAGUUGAAUCUAAUCUAA